AUGCCUCACAAGCAGAAGAAGAAUUCUACCAAUGCGCCUAAACAUGGCUCUCCCCGGGCGGAGAAGAAGAAGAAGAAGCAGUUCGGCCUGGAUUCCUCUUCAUUUGUCUCCCCCGUAGUCGCGCCGACUAAUUACCAGGAAAUCCACCAGAACGAGGUUGAGGCUCUCCGCUCAAUCUACAGCGAUGAUUUCGAGGAGGUUCAGCACCGCCGUUCUGCUUGGCAGCAAUCUUCCGAUGUUGCCUUCAAGCUGCAUCUGCGUGCUUCUUCCAACCCCGAUGUCCAUGUUGAAUUACUGGUCGAGUUACCGACUACCUACCCAAAGACCUAUCCGAAUCUUUCUUUGGAAAACCUAGACGAUCUCCGACAGGGCGCCCGAUCGAGGAUACAAGACAUUAUAUGCAACAAGCCGAGGACACUACUAGGCUCGGAGAUGAUAUAUGAGCUGGCCGUGUCCAUUCAAGAUGUUCUCGAAGAUGUGGCCGAAGCUCGGGCUCAAGAUAAGGACCUUCCCAGCUUAGAGGAGGAGCGAAUGGAGCAAGAAGCCGCGGCCAAUCAGCGAGCGGAACUGGAACGACAGGAAGAGCUGCGGAAACAGGAAGCGGCCACGGCAGAAGAGGAGCGGGCGUUACAACAGCUCCUGGAAGACAAGAUUAGAGAACGGACGAAAGCACGGGUCUCGAGACGGAAGAGUCGAGUUCCUGGAAUGGACUCAGAUGAAGAUACCGAUGUCGUGGAGAGUAUCCCCGGUGCAAUCUCCUUCGAUCCGCCUCUGGUCAUGACCGAUAGGGAUGGAGUACCUCUUGUCUUUCGGGCAGUAUACGGGAAGACCCUGCUGCAAAGCUCGCUGGGCAAAGAAACCUUUACAGUUCGGCCGGUUACCCCCGAGACCCGACCCCAUGCCCCCCUCUUAGUCCUCAAGGAGGUUUCCCUUGAUGAGAAAGAACUAGAACCGCUGGCGUUUCGAGAGAAGAUGCGUACGAGCGAGGACAAGUUGGAAGCUCUGAAACGACUACGGCACCCUAAUCUAGUCGAAUUUGUUGGGUUUAAGAUAUAUAGGCCCCUCGAUCCCCUCGAUUCGCAUGACCACUUUUGGAAGGUUUACCUCCUCGUUGAACACGCCAACAAGGGCUCUCUGUCCGAGUUUUUGGAUAUCGUUGGGACUGCUCCUGUUGAAAUGGUUCGUAGUUGGACUAUUCAGCUUCUUGAGGCUUUGGAGUUCUACCACCGGAGUGGGUUUGUCCACGGGGAUAUCCAUUGUGGACGCAUUAUGCUGUUCAGGAACCCCACUGGGGGCACGAUUGUGAAGCUGCUGGCGGCCGUUGAGGAAACUCUGCCUGAUCCCGCAGACGGCAAACGAUCACUUACCACUUCCAAAUCCCCAUUUUGGCUCCCUCCGGAAUUGACCCCAGAUAAUGCACCGUCGACAACGAAGACGGACGUUUGGGACCUGGGCAUUGUAUUUCUUCAGAUGGGAUUCGGGAAAGAUGUGUUGCAACGUUAUACGUCUGCCAAUGCAUUAAUGGAGACGCUUGGACUAUCGGCUUCCUUACAGGACUUAUUGCAUGAAUUCUUCCGACCCGAUCCAAAGAAGCGACCAACGGCUUUUCAGCUUCAGCCUUCAGAGUUUUUCCGCCUUGACACCCCUCUGGUGGAUCGGUCAAGCACCUCGAAUUCAAUGUCGCUACCAAGGCGUCCUCGCUUGGAUUCAAUGAAUGGAUUCCCAGCAUUCUCACGUUAUAAUCAAGAUUUCGACGAGGCCGGCCGUUUAGGUAAAGGCGGCUUUGGACAGGUAGUGAAGGCCAGGAAUAAGCUUGAUGGCCGCUUUUAUGCGGUCAAGAAAAUUUCUCAGAGAUCAACUGCUGCAUUAAAAGAUACCCUGUCUGAAAUUAUGUUGCUGUCACGCCUGAAUCAUCCUUAUGUGGUGCGCUACUACACCGCCUGGCUCGAGGAGGACCACGGCCACAUAGAUGAGGAGGCCAUCUCGUCUUCUGAUGGGGGCUUCUUUGCAAGUAGUGACCCCAGUAGAUACGACUACAGUACAGGUGGACUUGAUUUCAUUAGCUCGAGCGGUUACCCCAAGAUUGAGUUUGCAUCCGACAGCGAUGAAGAGCGGGAUGGGACAACACCGUCUCAAAACUACAAGCGCGAGACGCCGGAAGCAUAUGGCUCUGAGAGUGGUAACGGCAUGGGACUUAGUCGCGUGAGGUCUGGCUCGCUACGUAGAGCCGUCUUAACUACACUUUACAUACAGAUGGAAUAUUGCGAGAAGCAUACCCUACGGGACUUGAUCAGAAAUGGUCUGUACGAUGAUGUCGACCGAUCCUGGCGUCUGUUCCGGCAGAUACUUGAUGGAUUGAGCCAUAUCCACAGUCAUGGGAUUAUCCAUCGUGACCUUAAACCUGAUAACAUUUUUAUUGACGUAGCCAAUAACCCACGUAUCGGAGAUUUUGGUCUAGCUACUAGCGGGCAAUUCACGACAGCUGUGCGGUCUUCGACUACAGCAGACUUUGAAGGAAACUUCACACGAAGUCUGGGUACUACAUAUUAUGUUGCGCCAGAAAUGAAAUCAGGCUUCACUGACAACUACAACGAGAAGGUCGAUAUGUUUUCUUUGGGUGUGAUCUUCUUUGAAAUGUCUCACUCGUUGCCAACGAAUAUGGAACGUGACCAGACAUUACGAGCCAUUAGAGAAGAGAACCAUGAGCUUCCAUCCACAUUCCACUAUUCAGAAAAGGUCGUCCAAGGUAGAAUCAUUGAAUCCCUUCUGAGCCAUAACCCCAGUGAACGCCCCUCGGCCUCAGAGCUUCUCCACAGUGGCCAAAUUCCACUCCAAGUGGAAGAAGAAACGUUUCGACGAGCGAUCAUGCAUCUCCUGUCUGACCCUAAUUCUCCCGACUACAAGAAGAUAUUAUCGGCAAUAUUCUCGCAGUCGCCCAAGAAAUUUGAAGACAUCGCCUGGGACAUGGAAUCACGUGGGGCUCCGGCAGCUAACGAGCUUCUAAUUCAGGGCUUGGUCAAGGAAAGGCUUACAUCAAUAUUUCGCAGACACGGAGCCGUUGAGACUGGGAGGCAGAUGCUGUUUCCUAGGUCUCAGCAUUAUAGCAACAGUGCUGUGCGUUUGCUGGAUUCCACCGGCAAUUUGCUCCAGUUGCCGUUUGACCUGACGCUUCCCAAUGCGCGUGCGAUUCCUCGGCAGGAUGCUUCGCUCGAAAAGACAUUUGCAUUUGGUACGGUUUACAGGGAAAUGCCCCAUGGGGGGGAGCCUAGGACGCAUAAAGAAGUGGACUUUGAUAUUGUGUCACACAAUACACUCGAUUUGGCCUUGAAGGAAGCUGAGGUGAUCAAGGUUCUCGACGAGAUAAUUGAGGACUUCCCUCCCUUGAGAUCCGCUCCUAUGUGUUUCCUGAUAAAUCAUUCCGACCUCCUUCAACUGGUCAUGGAAUUUUGCCGCAUAACGCCAUCACAGAUCCCUUUGGUAAAAGAGGUUGUCAGCAAAUUGAAUGUCGGGAAAUGGACAAUGCAAAAGAUUCGCAGUGAGCUCCGCUCUCCAGCCAUAGGUGUUGCCUCCACUUCUUUGGAUGAUCUUGCAAGGUUUGAUUUUAGAGACUCCCCGAAGCAAACACAGAAAAGACUCCGGGCUAUUAUGGAGGGCACAGAAUUCGUUGAACGGUUGGCGCCUAUCUUUGCCCGUUUAAACCUGCUUGUGGCCUAUUUGCAGGGGUUCGAUGUAAAGCGCAAGGUCUAUGUCAAUCCCCUUGGAAGCUUGAACGACAAAUUCUUCAGGGGGAGCAUUCUUUUUCAGUGUGUUUUUGACAGUAAACGCCGAGAUGUCUUUGCAGCGGGUGGUCGAUAUGACUCGCUCGUUCAAGAGUUCCGUCCAAAAGUGCUAACGAGCCGCUCGCAAACACACGCUGUGGGUUUCAAUUUGAGCUGGGACAGGCUUAGUUCAUCCAUGCUUGACUACCUUCGGGGCUCCACUAAGCCCUCUAUGAAGCAGCCUGAGACCGAAGCCGGGCCUUUUUGGAAGACGAGAAGGUGUGACGUCCUUGUUGCAAGCUUCGACCCGACUGUUUUGCGCACCAUGGGGGUGAAGAUUAUUCAGGAUCUCUGGGCGAGUGACAUCAGUGCAGAAUUAGCAGUUGAUGCGGGCUCGCUUGAGGAGCUCAUUACUAAGUACAGGGAUCACAACCAUAACUGGAUCGUUAUUGCAAAGCAAGAUAGCCAGGAGCGAGGCUUCAAGAUCCGAUGCAUGGUACCUAGAGAAGAGCUUGAUAUACGGAGCUUUGAGCUCAUUCCGUGGCUUCGAAACGAGAUACGAGCACGUAAUCAGCGCGAAGGCACUGCUGAUUCUCUACGGCAGUGCCGACUGUCGAGUCAACCUGAUCUAUAUGGAGGAAAUAGUGAACGUGCGAAUGACGUGCGCAUCCUAGUGCCACAGCACAGGAGCAAGAAGACAAAUAGGAGAAACAUCGUCGAGUCGGCCCUAUUCCGUUCUCGAGAAGUUGUUGAAGAUGCGUUGAAUGGGCCCAUUGCGGCCAUAGACACUCGGGAUGACCUGUUGGACGCAAUCCGAGACACGCGUCUAUCGGAUCCCGACAGCUGGCGCGCAGUCAUACAGAAUGCGCCGCUGACCGAGAGAAAGUACCUCAGUCAGGUCCACGAACUACUAGUCGACCUAGCCAACGAGAGCCAUGUCGGGGAUGGUGCGGAUAGUUUCACCAAUGCUUUCAUAUAUAAUUAUCGCACGGGAUCCUGUCUGUACUAUGAUCUGGGAAGGAGAAAUGAGAGAUGA